ACAAACACGCGAUCAAAUGCGACGUUCUCUUCCCUCCAGAAACUUGUCUGCUUGGUAAAACGUGCGCUGUCAACCACCACCACAUUUCGGCGCGUGUUCAGGAUGUCUUUCACAGACGACGAGUGUUCAGAUGGCGGCUUGGCUGGUGAAAAAAAGCUACAGAGCUUCCUUUUCAGUUGUCAGCUCUCCUCCAAAUCACCUUUUUACACCUUCCAAGGAGAUGAAGAGGAAGACCUGGAGCACUUCAUUGAGCUCAGAACGAUAUGUCUGGGAGAAGGUGCCCUGGAGGAGAAUAAUGUGGUGGAGGUAACGGCCAUGAACCAUCAAGGAAAGACAACGUCAGUGCCAGUGGCGAACCUUCACAUCAGCUGCCUGCCAAUGGUGUGUUUGGGUGAGUUUGAGCUCAAAGCACCAGUCACCAUCAGGCUCAAGGCUGGCUCAGGACCAGUUACCAUCAGCGGCCUGCACCUUAUUGCUUCAGAAAUUGAAGAGUCCGACUUGGAAGAAGAGGAUGAUGAUGAUGAUGAUGACGACGACGACGACGAUGAUGAUGAUGAUGACGAGGACGAUGAUGAUGACGACGACGACGAUGAUGACGAGGAGGAUGAUGAGGAUGAUAUGGAGGAAGAUGACAUAAGCCCCAUAAAACCAGCAAAAAAGAAACAGUAACCCUCGAUUGGCGAUUUAGGCUUUACAUGAGGCAAUAACAAUUCAGGGGUCACAGUUGAAGUCACCUGAAACUGCCAAACACUUUCCCCAUAUUCCCAACACGCAGCCGGAGGAAUCACUCAAAUUGCCGCUAGCUAAGGACGAAAGGACUAAACUCAGUGAAACACCCGAGACUCACAGUUGUUGAAUCAAAAUAGCGUUGUAAUAGUAAGGUCACUGUGUGUUACGAGAAGGGUUCCUCAGAUCAUUCGCCGAAUUAUCAAUGCAAGUCACAUUUUUGUAGCUUGAAGAUAACUGUUUUUUUCUAUGUUGAAUGUCAAAUCAUACAUGUGAAAUAUUUUGUACUUUAAUGAAAGCACAAAAAACGUUGUCUUUGUCAUUUUGUAAUUUACAAUAGAUGCUAAAACCGUCAUUGAGAAAUGUCCCCAACCAAAUACAUUUUCAUGUUUGAUGAAAUGCACAUGUUUACAUGCCUUACAAAUCAUCCAUUGUCUGGUACAAGUUCCACGGGUGGAACUUGGGCUUUACCAAGUGGUAUGAUAAGGUGAUGUAUACAGCCCUGAUCAAAGUCUUAAGACCAUUUGAAAAAAUGAGGUUUUAAGUAGAGCUACAAUAUGCAAAAGCAAGAAGGGCACUUCAUUGAAAACACCCAUUAAACUUGAAUUGGCUGUUUAUCAGCUGAUCAAAGGUUUAAGACCUGAUCGCUCAAAAAAAAAAAAAAAAUACAAAAA